AUGCUUAAAGCAGGAUUUAUAGGCGCAGGUGGACGCAGUCAAGGUGCACACUAUCCGAGCGUGAAUCGACUGGAAGAUGAUGUUGAGAUGCUCGGAGUCUGUGAACUGGACGAGGAAAAACUCGCACAAGUUGCCCAGAAAUAUGAGUUUCCGCACACCUUCACAGAUCACAGGAAGAUGCUGGACACCUUAGACUUAGACAUCGUUUAUUGUGUAAUGAACGAGAAGUGGAUUUUACAACCCGCUCUGGAUUGCCUUAACGCCGGCAAGCAUCUGUUCAUUGAGAAACCACCCGGCGCGAACAGCGAUGAAACGCAACAACUACUUGAGGCAGCAGUCGCUAACGAUGUCUACUGCAUGGUAGGGUUUCAGCGCAGAUUUGCUGCCGUUACGCGCGAAGCUAUGCGACGCGUCGCAGAAAAGGGACCCGUUACAUUAGCGAUCACCACCUUUAACAAGCAAAUGCUCGGACAGAAUCGAGAAUUUACGACAACCCUUUGGAACGAUGUCUGCCACGUCAUUGAUCUACUCCGCUAUAUGGCUGGAGGCGAGCCCGUGGAAGUCACAGCGCAUCGUGAAACAUUUGGCGCGGAACAACGCAACUUCUACACCGCCUUCGUCCGUUUCGAUAAUAACGCCACGGGUGUGCUUCUUGGGAGUCGCGCAUCGGGCGGGCGCGUGCUACGCUCUGAAUUGCACGGUGUCGGCAUUGGCUGUUACAUGAAAAUCCCAGAAGAAAUCGAAAUUUACGAUGACAACAACAGAAGUGUUAUGGGAGGUUGGGAAGUUGACGGUGUAGACGAGCGCGACACACCCAACUAUGAAGGCGUGCUGACGAUGCAUCGCCACUUCGCCGAUUGCGUCCGCAACCGGCAAGUCCCGCUUACAGACCUCCGUGAUGUUAUACAUUCUAUUCAUUUUGUUGAUCAGAUAGAGGGUCCGCUACCGGAUUAA